CAAGUAGAAGAAGGCGAGAGGGAGAGUGAGAGAGAACAACCCCACAUCCACACAACAUAAUUUUCCAUCCGGCUACUGUCGUUUCUGUGAUCGGCGACCUCUCUCAAUGGCGGAACCAGGGGACACCGCGAAGAAGCAGUCACAGAAUCCACCCAAUUUCGUCACUCUCGUCCAGCUCAAAGAGCGAUGGCUGAAGAAGAAAGCGGAGGAGGAAGAAGAGAGGAUUCGGAGGCAGCAGCAGCAGGAACGGGAGGAGGAGGAGCGACGCCGGAAGCUCGUAGAGGCUAAGGAGGAAAAUGAGCGACGGCGGAAGCUCACUGAGGCGAAGGAGCUCUCGGGCUCGGAGGUUGUGCGGCAGAAUUUCGGAACCUCGAGUCGCUCGCGCCAAAAUCGAAACCGGAGGACGCAGGGCAACGUGGUGGCGACGGUGGGUUUCGCUGAGGUCGUUGAUGAUGGAGACAAAGAUGACGAGGAUGAGGAACGAUUGUGGAGGGCCAAAGAGGCGAAGGAGCACGCAAAGUCGGAGGCGGUACGGAAUUCCGGAACAUCCAGUCAGUGGCGCCAAAAUCGAUUCCGGGGGACGCCGGGGAACUUGGCAACGGAGGCUCGCGCUCAGGCCGUUGAUGACGGAAACGAAGACGAUGAAGCCAUCAAGCUUAAGGAAGAGCGGUACAGAAGAAAGAAGGAGCUCAAGGCGGCUAAGAGGGCGAGGGAGAAGCAGAAGGUUAAGGAAGCAGGUAAGCAACCAGUGGUAUCCGAGGCUGUGAGUAUACGGAGUGAGAGUAUGGAAGUUAUGAUGGAUUCUCAACGGAAACAUGAUAAUGUCGAGAAGCAAACCAGUAAAAGAGGUUCGGAGAAUGGAAAUGGGAAGAGUGUUACGCCUAGGAAACCCCAGAGAAGGAACAAGGGGAAGAUUGGUAAUUUAGAGAAAAAGGGAACUAAACUGGAAAUCGAUGAGAAGUUGGGUGAGCUUACAAUGGAAGAAGAGAGUGGUAGUGGGUUUGAAACUAGGAAUGGCGCUAGUUAUAUUGUCGAGAAGGACAUUAGUAAAACAGGAGCAGAGACUGGGAAUGGGAGUGUUCCAUGUAGGAAACCCCAGACAAAGUACAAGGUGAAUAUGGAGUUCCGAGGGAAGUUUGGCGAUGUGGAGAAAGAGGGAAGUAAAGUGAAGAUUGAGGAGGAGUUGAACGAGCUUUCAAUUGCAGAGGAGAAUGGUGGGUUUGAGACUAAGAAUGUUGAGAAGCAAAUUAGUAAAGGAGCAGAGAUUGGGAAUGAGAGUAUUCCUUCUAGGAAACCCCAGAGAAAUAGCAAGGUGGAUAAGAAGUUUGGAAGGAAGCUUGGCAAUAAUGCGGAGAAAGAGGGAAGUGAACUGGACUUCAAAGGAAAUUUGGGGGAGCUUUCAAUCGAAGAAGAGAGUGGUGGUUUUGAGACUAAGAAUGGCAUUACUGAUGGGGAUCAGAAUUUUCCAUCUAGGAAGCCUCAGAGAAAGAGCAAGGUGAAUGUGGAGUUUCGAAGGAAGGUUGGCAAAAAUGUGGAGCAAGAGGAAAGUAAACUGGAGAUCGAGGGAAACUUAGAGGAGCUAUUAAUUGAAGAAGAGAAUGGUGAGUGUGAGACUAAGAAUGGUGUUAGUGAGGUGAAGCAUGGUAGAGGUCGUGGAAGAUUGAAUCGCUCUGAACGUCAGAAUGAUGAGUGUAAAGAAAGAAGCUAUAGGAGAUUUAAUGGUUCGAGAGGAAGGGGGAAUGUUCGCGGUGGUAGAGUUUAUCAGAAUGGAAGGAUGCGAGGUUAUAAUGGAGAUUGCGAGCUUGGAGUUUGGGUAAGGAAAGGAGAUGUUGCUGGUCCUGGUGUUGAGAGCACUGUGAAGAGUUCAAAUGUUCUGUUGCAGGAUACAAACAUUUAACAAAUGGUAGACUGCAGAUGGCUGGCUAGAGAAGGAGAACUAGUUGAAGAUGGGACAUGCAAAUGAGGAAUUGUAGAAGUGUGGAUAUAAGAAGAAAGGAGCUAAUGGAAUAGGAAAGUAGAACAGUUCUAGUUAUAUCAGACUCGAAGGGAAACCUUCGAUGAAGUACUUGGUUUUGAUGACCAAAGUCUCAGGAAUAACGAUUUUUUUUUUGCCUAAUCAGCCAUUUGCUUAAUCACAUUCUUUUGUGCUGUAACUCUUGAAUCUCGUCUUGUCUUCCAGGUCCAUGGCUGAAUAUGAUGAGUGUGAUGCUGAACAUUAUUGCUUCAUUUAAACUGAAUCUGAUGAAUGCGAUGUUGAUUGUUGAGUGAACAUUAUUGCUUAAAUCAAAUUUAGCUCCGGGCCUAUUGGAAGGCUG